UCUAUAUUUAAUAAUUUUAAUUAGCAUUCAAACAUCCGGUAUGACCUGUGCUAAAACUUUAGCAGUAGUUUGGCUAGCUACCGAUGCUACCCGCGGCCGCUGGUACACUAUAAACAAGCUGUACGCUCAGUCUCUCACCAAAUCUUUGUCCGGUGGUCAGACGAGUGAGAGAAAUACCAUGGGUAACGCCGCCGAGGCUGCGGGCGACAGCAAGCCGCUGCAGAGCCCGCUGCUGGCCGCCUGCUCUGCGCCGCCGCCGGCGACCACAUCAGGCGGCGGCGGCGGCCACGAGGUGAGCGGGCAGCUGGAGAGCAUCCUGAGCGAUGGGUCCCUGCCGUGGCCGCGGCGGGUGCUGGCGGCGUCGGCGGUGGAGCUGCGGCUGCUGGCGCGGCUGGCGGCGCCGGCGGUGGUGGUGUACAUGAUCAACUACCUCAUGUCCAUGUCGACGCAGAUCUUCUCCGGCCACCUCGGCACGCUCGAGCUCGCCGCCGCGUCGCUGGGGAACAACGGCAUCCAGAUGUUCGCCUACGGGCUCAUGCUUGGCAUGGGUAGCGCAGUGGAGACGCUGUGUGGCCAGGCGUACGGCGCGCUCAAGCACGACAUGCUGGGCAUCUACCUGCAGCGCGCCACCAUCCUGCUCAUGGCCACCGGGGUCCCGCUCGCCGUCAUCUACGCCUUCUCCCGCCCGAUCCUCAUCCUCCUCGGCGAGUCACCGGAGAUCGCCGGCGCCGCCGCCGUCUUCGUCUACGGCCUCAUCCCUCAGAUCUUCGCGUACGCCGCCAUCUUCCCCAUCCAGAAGUUCCUGCAGGCGCAGAGCAUCGUGGUGCCCAGCGCCUACAUCUCCGCCGCGACGCUCGUGGUCCACGUCGUCCUCAGCUACCUCGUCAUCUUCCAGCUCGGGCUGGGGCUCCUCGGGGCCUCGCUCAUGCUCAGCAUCAGCAACUGGGUCAUCGCCGUCGGGCAGUUCGUUUACAUCGUCACUAGCCGGCGCUGCCGGCUGACGUGGACCGGCUUCUCCUGGCAGGCAUUCUCCGGCCUGCCGGAGUUCUUCAAGCUCUGCUUUGCCUCUGCCGUCAUGCUCUGCCUCGAGACGUGGUACUACCAGAUCCUCGUGCUCAUCGCCGGCCUGCUCAAGGAUCCCGACCUUGCAUUGGCCUCAUUAUCUGUCUGCAUGACAAUUUCAGGGUGGGUGCUCAUGAUCUCAGUUGGAUUCAAUGCAGCAGCAAGUGUAAGAGUGAGCAACGAGCUUGGCGCCGGCAACCCCAAGUCGGCGGCGUUCUCCGUCUUGGUGGUGACGGUGCUAUCGUUCAUCCUGUCGGUGAUCAUCUCGAUCGUCAUCCUAAUCUGCCGGGAUUACAUCAGCUACAUCUUCACCGAGGGCGAGGACGUGUCACGGGCAGUGUCCCAACUGACGCCACUGCUGGCUUUCACUCUCAUCCUUAACGGCAUCCAGCCCGUCCUGUCGGGGGUAGCUGUUGGGUGUGGAUGGCAAGCCUUCGUCGCCUAUGUCAAUGUCGGCUGCUACUACAUCGUGGGCAUCCCCCUUGGAUGCCUCCUCGGGUUCUACUUUGACCUUGGAGCGGCGGGUAUUUGGUGUGGUAUGAUUGGGGGAACCCUGAUGCAGACACUGAUCCUGGUAUGGGUUACAUUCAGGACCAACUGGAACAAAGAGGUGGAAGAAGCCUUGAAAAGAUUGAAUAAGUGGGAAGAUAAGUCCCCUAUAUUGUGAACCACAAAACGAAAUAAGUCUUGUGUUUCUCAGAGAAGGAUGUAAUGAGAUAUGGUCCUUUUGUUGUAUGACCAAGAAUCAUACGAGGAUAUGGAUUAUCAGACCAUGUUUCAUAUUUAUAUUUCCAAGUAUGCUACAUAAGCAAGAGUGUAUUUAAUUCAUUGAUGACAUAGAUCAUACAGUGCAUUAUUUCA